AAAUAAUAUAAAAAAGGAUAUUUCCUUCCAUUUCUUUCAAGUUGGUAGUGAAGUACCUACACUUGUUAAAAUAAUUCGGAAACAUAUUUUCACAAAGAGUAAAAAGUUUCAAGUUUGAGAAUACACAACAAAAAUAAAAACAACAGAAAAACCUAAUAUCUCUGAUAUUACUGGGUAGUUUUUUAUUUUGAUUAAAUUGCAACUAUUAAUUCACGAUGAUAUAAUUUAAAUUAAAUGAUUUGUAUCUAUAUUCAAUUCAUUACAAAGGAAAUGUUAUUGAAAAUCUAAAUAACAUAACCUAAAAUAAACUCGCAUAACCCUCUUUUCAUCUGCAGAAAAACUAGUUUUAAUAAUUUGGCUAGCUAAAACCAGAGAAAUGGUUCAUAAUUAACAUAACUGUUUCUUUUUUAUGUAUCCGAAAACGGUUUUGUAUUCAAUUAUAACGUUAUAUGUAUAACCUAACUUUAUAAACAUCUUCAAAAAUUCAGGUAAAAUUGUGAAUGAUUUUUAAAUGGGCAUCUUCUCUGCAAAAGCAAUCGGUGAAUUCUAUUGAUUGAAAUGGAAGAUGCACAAAGUAUAAGUGAUCAAUGUGGUGUUUCAAGUUGUGAUUUUAAUCAAGCCCCUAGUUUUGAAUCGCAGUCUUUCAGGGUAAGGGGCUCACUCGCGCGAGCCCUGUAUCGAAAACAACAACAUGACGACUUUCUCAGCAACUUCGACAAACGGAAGUGGUAUCAAUGCGAUCUGAGUGAAGUACCCUCUUCCCUCGCUUCGAAAUUCGUUCAACUUGACCCAGACCAAGACACCCUGGAUUUUCUGGAAGAGUCAGAAAAGAAAUCGGACUGGAUUUUAACACAAAUGUGGCAUUCCCUCGCAAAACUGUUUUUGGGUUGGUUUAUGACUCAAACAUCGAUUAAUGGCUGGCUUCAACGUGGUUCAAUGUUCGUAUUGUCCCAAUCCCAUUUUAGAAAAAUAUUAAGAGUAGAAGAAACAUGGAGCUCGGGGUCCCUUCUAGAUUUGGGAGCAGGUGACGGAGGAGUGACUGCCCACAUGGCACCGCUUUUCAAAAAAACUUACGCCACUGAUGUGUCUCCGACAAUGAAAAGUUUGCUACAAAAACAAGGGUAUGAAGUAUUGGACGUAGACAAUUGGUAUAUCGACAAAAAAUUUGAUGUUAUUUCAUGUCUGAACCUGCUAGAUCGGUGUGAUGAACCUCUAAAAAUGUUGGAUCAAAUUGGUGGUUCUCUGGCUACAGAUGGAAGGGUACUCAUGGCCAUUGUGUUACCAUUUUCUGUCUACGUAGAAUCAUCUCCUGAUCACAAACCUAAAGAAUCACUACAGAUAAAGGGUUCCAGUUUCGAAAAGCAAGUGGAGAGCAUAGUGAAGAACGUAUUAGAACCUGCUAAUUUUGAAAUAGUUUCUUGGAGUAGGGUACCUUACUUAUGUGAAGGAGAUUUGCAGCAGUCAUACUAUUGGCUAGACGAUUCCAUCUUUGUACUCAAGAAGAGGCAUACUGAUUGAAUUAUAUAUUUCAAUCUUUUCAAAAUGUAGUGAAUAAAAGCAUUAGAAACUUUUUUGUAACUAGAUUCGAAAUGUGGAUGAAAAAUAAAGAGUAUUUCAAAUUC